UUAUAUUGUUAACUGCAACGUUCAAUGCAAAGUUAAUUGUAGUCGAGCGUUUGCUCUGCAGCCGGGAGAUUUUUGAAAAUACCCAUGAAAACAGGGUAUUUCGUGUAGACAUGGACGUGUAUAAGUUCGUGGUGUAGAUGAAGUUUGAACAAUUUUUGACAAUACUUUGAUCAGUGUGCGUCGUAUCCGUGUGUCAGACAACAUCAGUUUGGAUUCCUGCAUACAAUGUAUAAUUUGAGCUACGCCACGAAAAUAAAGGAAACACAUUGAACAAGCUUUUAACAAAAUGGAUCAGGAUGGUGAUGCGGUUGAGUACCUUGCUAUGGACGCCGCUUGUACAAGUCAUUGUAGUGCCCCAGAUGCAAAAACACACGACGAAGAGUACGAGGCGAAAAUACGAAUGGUUAUACAAUCAUUUGAGCCAUAUUUUGAUCUGCUUGAGUUCAUACCUACACGAAUACUGCCAUUCAUGCAACUACCUCAAGGUGUUUCAUUUCCAGGGAGUACUGUGCUGAAAACAAUUUUCAGCCAGGAAGAGAAAAAAGACUAUAAAAAGGCAGCAGCAACCUUCAUACAAGCAUUGCUAAGCAGCAGUGCUCCAUCAGGAGUAAUACACAGCUUCCUUGAAGCUCUUUACACAGCCAAUGAUUCUCCAGAGAAGCCUAAUAAUGAUGCUUGGAUUGUUCAUGACAUCUUGCAAGUUGCCUGCUUUUGUCUUCCAUUACAAGAAACAUUUUUGAAACUCGUGGAUGAGGACCUUGUCAAUAUUGAUUUAUUACUGAGACACCCAGGUUUCAGCAACCUGCAGGAAUUACAGAUGUGGACUCUUAAAUUUCUUGAUGAAAAAGGAGGUCAUUAUGCAGCCAUGUUUUUACUGGUCAGUCUUUAUGCUAUGCUGGUUAAAAAUUUGUAUCAGCUUUGCCAGAAAGCGUCAGCAGAAAGUGCAGGGCUUUUUUCUGCAAUGCCUGUUUGGAUUCAACACUUAGUGGAUGCUUUGCACCAUCAAGUUGGAGACAAAAACCUGUCAAACCUUGGGCUGCCCAAAUCAUGGAGUGCACUUUAUGAGGAGCUUUCCUUUCAGAAAAGGGCUCGACCAAGAGAAGAAGCAGCUGGUGAAAAUGAUGAGUGUGCUGCUAAUGUAGAUGUAGGAUCCACACCAGUGACAACUGGGAAAGCCCUUCUGAUGACUGAUAAAAACAAGCACAUUCAUGCCUUUCUUAAUGAUACUGGAACCCUGAAUGUAGCAAACUUAAGUGGUUAUCUCAAUACAGAGAUUGUUGAACACUCUUUUGAGCAUCAGAGAACCAGAGUGCCAGCAAAGCACUCAGAUGACAGUGGCUCUGUUGUGACAUUUCUGUCAAAUGAAGACAACUUAAUGGUUUCUACGAAUGACAUGAUAAGAGAGGGCUCUGUGAUAUCAUUCCCUGCUGGCCCUGCAGGUGAGAUCACUCUGCGAGAAUAUCAAGAGGAGCUUCUGUCUUCUGCUCGUAGGGGAAAGAACUGCCUCAUACUUCUUCCUACAGGGACAGGAAAAACAUUUGUCAUCCUAAAGUACAUUGAGGAAAUUCUGUCCAGGGGAGGAAUGGAUCGCAUCUUAUUUGUAGCACCAAAAGUGAGACUUGUACAGCAGCAGUACAAAAGAUUCCAGAAAUAUUUAGCAAACAACACAUAUUUUCGGUGUGGAAGUUCAAGAAGUAACAAUGCUGCUUUCUCACAGCUUCUAGAUGACUACCAUAUCUUUGUCAUGACACCUAUGUGCCUAGUAGAGGCCAUCGAAGCGAAAGAGGUUCGUAUCACUGACUUUUCACUCAUAAUUCUUGAUGAAUGCCAUAACACUCAAGGAGAUCAUCCUUAUCAGAAGCUCAUGAACAUCUACAUGGAUUCCAAAUUUACAAAUGACAGGAGAGAUGUAGCCUGCCUUCCACAGAUAGUGGGACUGACUGCAAGUCCAGGUGUCGGAAAGGGGGGAAACCUUGAGACAGCUUUGGCGCAUUUAAGACAGCUGUGCAUUAGUCUGGAUGUGCAGAUGAUCUGCACUGUCAAGACACACAAAGAGGAAUUGGAACGAUAUGUCAGUGAGCCCUCUCAUGAAAUUCACAGAUGUUCUGAGCGCAAGAAAGAUGGCUUUAAAAAUGAACUGGAAAGCAUGAUGGAGGCUAUUGAAAACGAGAUGCGAAAAUGGGUUUCAUUGGAAAAAGAAAAUUCUCCUUCUUGUGAGUCUUUGAAACUUCCUCCAGCAUCAAAGCGGGGUAAACAAUAUUAUACACAGUGGGUGUGUGAACUACAAAGUAAUCUGGUCAGCCUUGUUCAGAAUAAAGAUAACUAUGCCAAGAUCUAUGCCUCAGCUGAGAUGCUAAAGAUGUGUCAGAGAGCUCUACUUCUGAAUGAAGACUGCGAAUCUCAGUAUGCCUUGGAUUUUCUUAAUAGCUACAUCAUCAGCAUGCAAAUGGAAAAGCCUCAUCUUCAGGAUAUUGAUAAGUGGCUGUUACAACAAUUCAAAGCACGUGAAACAGAUUUUGUCAGGGCAAGCAGGGACAAAGAUGACUUCAAUCCCAAGCUGAAAAUGUUGGAAGAGAUCUUGCUUGAUGUUUUGGAGAGAGACGGGAAUGCAGCGGCUUGCAUGGUGUUUGUGAAGACCCUGGACCUGGUGGAGGCGAUUAUAAGCUGGAUGGAAAAGCAUCCAGUCCUGAUGCAACUGUCACCUGGGCGUAUCAUCGGGUGCAAUGCAGAUGAUGGAAUGUCCAAGUCUGGCUUCAGCGAUGUCAUGGCCAAAUUUAACAGCGGUAUCCACAAAGCUGUUGUGUGCACAUCAGCUGCUGAAGAGGGGCUAGACUUCCAGGCCUGCAACGUCGUGGUACGGUACAACUAUGUCACCAAUGUGAUCGCCAUGAUACAAACUCGUGGUCGUGCGCGCCAUAUGGACAGCCAGUACUGUGUGUUGGGCGGUGCCACAGGGGCCAGCGCCGAUAAGGAGCAAGAGAACCUGGAAAAUGAGCGGCUGAUGGAACAGGCAGUGCUGAGGAUCCAGAGUGACAUAGAGACGAACCCCAAUGAGUUUGCACAAGAGACAGAGCGCCGGCAGCGAGACCAGUGGGAGGAGAGACUGAAGCGCAAACGGCAAGUGGAGGAGGAGCGACAGGAGCAGGGUUUCUACACCAAAAAAUACAAGCUGCUUUGCCAAAAGUGCCAGGAGUUUGCGUGCAACUCCGAUGACAUCAGAGUUAUCGAGAACAACUGUCACAUAGUGGUGAACGAAAACUUUGCAGAUAAGUGGGACAAAGUUAAUGAGAGUUCCAUGAGAAAAGUCAUUAGUCGUUACAUCGUUAUCUUGGCUGACGUUAUCUGUAUGAAAUGUUCCCAACACUGGGGUGUUGUGGUCCGCCAUGUGCCCAGUGGCCGGCAAUACCCAACCUUGAAGCUAGAAAAUUUUAUCAUCCAAGAGACAGAUACUGGUAAUAAGUUGCCAAAUAAAAGAAAAUGGUCAAAGGCGCCAUUUCAUGUCCCCUGUCUUACAGAGGAGUAAAACAUUUAUUUCGGAGGAACUUUGUAUAGUUGUAUGUGGGGCUGGAUUGAAGACGUACCUAGGCUUAAGUUUGCUUUUUUAAUGCAUGCAUGAAGAUUUUAUUCCCUAGGCUGGCUAGCUAAUCUAUCAAGUUUUCAGUCUCUGGAAUGCAUUUCCAGUUUUGCAACAAAAUUAAGGCAAUAGUGGUGGGGACAGCCUGGUGGUUAGCAUGUUUGACCAAAGUAGAUCACCAGCGGAAAGCUUGCCUGGACAUGUGACUGGAGAACUGUCUGCUACCCAUCCACUAAGAAUACUUUGAAAGGGCACUGGUUUGACUAGUAAGGUAAAAGGCAACAGAAAGAGAGGAUUGGAUUCUGCUUUUCCAGUAUCAGAACCCAAACACAGUUCAUUACCUCUCUAGGCAAUAGGCCAGAGACCAUAUAAUAUUAUAUUCGUCUGUCUGUCAUAUUACAAAAUAAGAAUCAGUUGUCAAGAAUGCAAGAGGAUCUAUAUCUGUGGGGUUCAUGCUUGCAGCUGAUCUGCAAGAGCUGGCACAAAUAAAAUCACCUAUUUAUAGCACACUUCAUUUUGGAACAGAAGGUCCGUUAUUCAGGCCAGUGGCUUGAAAACUCCUUUUGAUCAUCCAGCAGAUGAUAACUUCCUGAUUUUUCUCCUGCUUUAUCUGGGAAGGAAGUUAGUGGUCAAAGGUGAGGACUGGACUGUUUCUUGUCCUAGACAUGGUGAAUCACUUACAAGUCACUGCUCUUAAAGACACUAGACCACUAGACUUUAUUUUUACAUCUAAAUGUGCAAUGUCCCAUCCAUCUUGCUAGUGAAGUGUCACUGAUGUGCUGAUUCACUAUUGGUCAAAGUGCAUUCAGAAAAUGCUUUAAAUCGCUAUUUGUAAGACUGAUUUUAGAAAAGUGCAUCUCAAAGGCUGCUGACUUCACCAGUCAGCAGGGUAUUAACUCAUCAAAUUAACAUGUCAAGCAACACUAUAAUGGUAAAGAACCAAUUUAUUUUGGUCGCUGUGACAAAGAUUUUAUCUUUUGGUUUCAAUUUUUGUCUUAAAAUGCUUCAGGUGCUGUGAUAAAAUGAUAUUAAUAUCCAUAAGACUAUUUUAUUGUAUGUGUCUGUAGUUUAAAUGCCAUUGUUUUGCUUGCAUCAAAACAUAUUGUGUAGUGUAAUAUUGUGUAAUAAGUGAAUGUCACUUAUUAAUCAGUGUGAAAUAUGUAACUGUGUUUAACCUAUGCUAACACAAAAUACAUGACAGCUUAUAAAAGUUUGCCCUUGUCACUUAUUUGGUAGUAUGUGUCUUGGUAGAGUAAAGACAAAGGACUGUCAAAUGUAUGACUACAGCAAGAUGUUUGAGGUUUUAAGCGAUAUUUCUAUUGCGAAAAGUGUUUUGAUGUUGAAUAAAUAUUUAACCACUGUAUGGUGA